AUGAAAGGUGUACAAAACAUUUACAACAAUGCUUACAGCGUCUCGUCCUUGCUCGUCUUCUUUGUCCUGAUUCUGUUUCGUCCGGCCCUCUCGAUCAAUUCCACCAAUAAAUUGUCGUCUUCAGAGUCUCUCACAAUCUCAAGCAACAGAACACUUGUAUCUCCUGGCGGAGCCUUCGAGCUUGGUUUCUUCAAACCCUCGGCACUUCCGCGUUGGUAUCUCGGAAUACGGUAUAAGAAAGUCUCAGAGAAGACGUACGCAUGGGUCGCCAACAGAGACAACCCUCUCUCUACAUCCAGUGGUACCCUCAAAAUCUCUGGUAACAAUCUUCACCUGCUAGAUCAGUUCAAUAAAACUGUUUGGUGGACGAGUCUUCCUAGCCGCGAUGCGCCGGUGACGGCAGAGGUUCUCCCCAACGGAAACUUUGUACUGAGACACUCCUACAACGACGACCCUAGUGAAUUCUUGUGGCAGAGUUUCGAUUUUCCGACAGAUACUUUACUUCCGGAGAUGAAACAAGGUUACGAUCUCAAAACAGGGCGCAACAGGUUUCUUACAUCAUGGAGAAGUUCGGAUGAUCCGGCGAGCGGGAACUUCACGUUCAACCUCGAAACUCAAUGGGGAUUGCCUGAAUUUAUUCUUCGUAUGAAUCAUGGAUGGGUAGAGGCAAGGAGCGGUCCCUGGAAUGGAAUCGAGUUUAGCGGCGAUGCGAGGAUCAGAUUACAUGGUUUCCAAUUUUACAGCUUCCGUAUGACCAACCAUAGCAUCUACUCGAUAUUGACAACGAGAGACUGGAUGCUCGAGCGAGUCACGUGGACCUCGACAUCAUCAGAAUGGGCAGAGCGGGAUGAGUGGGUAGGCCGUUCAAUAUCUGGAUACUAA